AUGUAUAUACCAAGAGCAGCGCCAACAACGACAGGCCCUAUUCGACAACCACCUCCAUCGAUCAAUAACCUGUCCAGUCCCAAACCACAACAUGAUCGCCCACGGCGACUAUGGAGAAACCCUACCCAACAACCCUACUGUAACUAUAACCACAGCACCUACGACUGUCCUCCACCUACCAGCCAUGUCCUAGGACACGGCGAAAACGAAGACGACUUCCUCGCCGACGCAUCUUGUAUCAAGAGAACCCGCCACUGGAUCGGUAAAUCCAUCGAGAGCAAAGCCGCCCAUAUCACCAUCCUGCUCCUCACCCUCUGUGACAUUAUCCUGGUCAUGCUCCAGAUCGGCGCCUCACUCUUACACCUCGACGAGACUGAGCACGAGCACUGGGUCCUAGCCCUCUUUGAACAUCUCUCUCUCACCAUCGUCUCGAUCUUUAUGCUCGAAAUCCUAUUGAAGAUCUUUGCGUUUGGGCCGCGCUACUUUUGGAUCGGGACACCGCAUUGGGUCUUGCACCUUGUCGACGCUAUCAUCAUCCUCACGUCGUUCUUGCUGGAGAUCUUCUUGAAGGGUGUUGAGCAGGAGCUGUCAAGUCUCUUGAUUGUUUUCCGAUUGUGGCGAGUUAUCAAGCUGACGGGAACGGUUGCCAUUGAAGUCUCAGAGCAUGAUCAGGCCCAUGUCGCUCUGCUGGAGGCCAGAGUUAAGGAGCUUGAGCAAGAACUGGAAGAGUGUCACCUCAAAGUACAACGCCUGGAGGGAUUCAAUUCGCUGAAAGAAUCAAGAGGAAGCUCUCAUAUCGAAUAA